AGCUGAAUCCCCCACUCCCCCUCUCACCCCACCCCAUUCCCCGCCGCCCUCUCCUGUCUUUGUUCUCAUCACAACAAGUCCGGAGCAGAUGGUGCUCUGCUUUGCUUGGCCGACGGUGACAGACAGCCGCCCUCAGCCAAUAGCCUGUUGGGGAAUCAGCUGACUGGUCUGGAUAGCGCCAGGUGUUUCUAUCAUUUUUCUUCUUCUCCAUCUGUGGGACGAGCAGACGGUGGCGGGAGCGGCUCAGAAGGAAUAUAGCAGGGACAAACCGGCCGGUGGUGGGACGAAGCAGGUUGGAGAUCUCUCUGCAGACCCGCACCAUGCCUCUCUGCGAGGCGCCUUAGGACUGAUCGGAUACACAAGCGACAAAUCGUGGUAAACAGCCACCAGCUGACCCCUCAUGAUACCCCUCCCCUUGGCACAACAACGCUGAUCUUAUUUAUUGUUGUGCAGUGACGCCGGGCCGAUAUCUGGUUAAAGGACCUGUCUGCUUGGGAACACAGGACUGGGAUGCCAACAAGGUGAGCCCACGCAGGACAAAUAUGACUGAAUAUUCACUAAAGCUUGUCCAAGAAAUGGAAAUAACUGCUGCAAUCUCAAACACUAAAUCAAAUGAAGUCAUUAGCAGUAUCAUUUGUGUGUUUGAACCUUUUUUAACCAUGCAGAGCUUUCUUUGAAAAUUAACCACAACAUGUUUUUCUUGCGAAGCCCAUGCGUAGAGUUAGGAGGGAUGGAGACACACUCAAGGACAUGGUUGUUUUUUUUAAAUAGUCCCAUUUGAACCAUCGAUCCAGGGUGAAAUCGGAUUAGAAUACAUUAAAUAAUUGAUCAGGAAGCAUUAUUAGUGUCAGUGGAGUAAUCUUCGUCAUUGCGCAAAAUGAUAUCCAAGCAAAUAAACUAACUUUGAUCUGGUCAGGGUCUACUUGCCAUGCCAGAAGAAGCUCCGUGCCCUGUGCGCGACGUCGUGUAAAUGUGAUUUGCAUAUUAAUGUCAAAGUAUGUCGGCAGAUGUCUCGAUGCCUCUGUUCUGGGGAGAAAUAGCUGAGUCUUCUCCGGGGGAAAGACAGGCCCUCUGUAAGAUUGGGUGAUAAGAAUGGGGUUGCAGUGGCAGGGGGUCUAUUGUGGUUCACAAACGCCGUUCCUGUCGCUGCAGCUGUUGCGCUUUUGUGAUGGAGACAUGGCUUGAAUUUGCCUCGAUUUGAGGCACACUUUUAGAGGUUAAGGUAGUGAAAGGUUAACUUUGAACAGUUCUACUUUGAGGCUUGGUUUGUUUUAUGCAGUCUGUCCUCUGAGGAUUUGUCUGUGACCUUAGUCGAGCACAAAGUGCAGAGGGGUUUCUCUUUUUGUGGGCCUUUGGGUCGAGUAAUCGAGUUAACAUUUCAGACCCAGAAAUCAGUCGUUUCAUGUAACCCUUUAUGCCUGACACCACAGAUUAUGGCCAGAAAAUUCAAUUUAUUUGGAGCUGAAAUGUUUAUUUCACUUACUACUGAAAACCCCCAAAAUAAAAAUGUCCUUAAAAUUGAACAAAUAUAUUUAUUUAUCUUGUUUGAUACAGUAGAUGUUUUUGGAAACUGAUAAACUAUACAAGAGGGACAUUUAUAUCAUUUAUUGGACUGUAUUCAGGUGUUUUUUUUAGUAAUUUGUUGAUCAUAUUGAUUUGAUAGAAGUAUAUAAAAGUAUGUAUUAAAUAUGAUAUAAAAGGCAUUAAAGGGUUAAAUUCCCUGUCUGUCUGAUCCCACUCAGUUUUUCUUAUUUAACAUGUUUGUUUUUGAGCGACUGUCUCACAGAGCACUUCUGAAAGAUUGUUUUUACAUGGACAAAGUGUGGCACAAAAACACACACUCAAGGACUUCAUUGUCUUGUCUGAAAAUGAAGUGUGUUGCAGGCAGGUGUCAGCAGUAAUGCAUGUGUGUCUGUCUGAUCAGAGGCUCAUGAGAGGGGGCAAAGGGCUUCAGUCCCACCCCACCCCCACCCCCCAACCACCAGCAAUAUUAUGUCCCAAGGGUAAAGGCAUCGUGUGUGUGUGUGUGUGUGUGUGUGUGGUGCUGGUGGUUUGGGGGAGAGGAGGGGUGUAGAUUAUUGAGUUGAGCUUGUACCCUUAAAAAAAGAGCUGAGGCAUUAUUCUCUUUGUCCACUGUGGGCUUAAAGUCUUAGACACAACAGACACAGUAUCAGUUAAGCUCCCUUCAUGCUUUCAAAAUUCAACACCGAAACUGCUACUAUGAGCAGAAAAUUAUUCUAAGUGAGAGGGACAUAUGAAGGCACACCUAGCUGGUUGUCCUCAGUAGUCCUCAGGACUCAGCAGGUUUCCAAUCAGACCCAGUUACCUGCCAAUUGUUGACACAAAGAACAAUUGUUUAUAAUAAAAAAUGUUGAUGACAGAGCAAAAAAAUCUGAUUACAGUGUCAAAUUAUUUUGUUUACAGCUUGCCCGUCUUAACAUGACACUGUAGUAGAUUUUCAGUCCAUAAAAAAAAAAAAGAAAGAAAAGAAAAUCAAUAGCCUUGUCAGGAUGCAGAGGACUGUCAUUUAUCUAUUCCCUCAAGUGUCCAGUAAGGUCCUCUGCACUCUGGUUGAAGGUGAACUAGUUGAAGAGGUGCAGCAGUCAAGCUGCUGUCAAAAUCAAUACCACAAGUGUUUCUGAUGACUAAGUGGCCUGAUUGUUUACAACCAGCUACAACCUGAUGUGAGUCAUCAAAUGUGUAACUCUCACAAUGACUCAAAUGACCAACACGCAGCAGAGAUCCAACACACUUCCCUUAAUGAUGAAAAAUUGUACCUAUGAGAGGGAACACUUAACCAUUCAGUCUAAUUUUUCUACUGCUGCUGAUUUUAGUGUGUGACACAACCAGAAGAAUCAUGACUGAAACACGGAAGGACAAACAAAUCUUGGUCACUAUAUUAUCUAAAAAGAGACAAGCUCUUAUUAAGCUCUCCUUUUUGUGCAUGUUUGUGCAUACUGAAUCAACAAAUGCUCAAAGCCAAAAGUAGGUCAGCAGGUUAAAUCGGAGUCUCUGGACCCAAACCGUUAUAAAUCACACCCUGUUUUUCCCCAUGUCCCUCUCAGUUCUUAUCCAGUUUAAGGAAAGAUUUGCUUGGCUUAUUUGUGAGUUUGUAAAAGAGCUUUCAAAUCCUCCCUCACGAAAAUAACAACCAAAUUGGUCUCACAGAAAGAGGUAAAUAGAUGUAGAAACACCUGGAAAAUAGCUUCUUUCCUCUCAGUAGAACUUAUCAUAGACUUUAUUAGGGUUGUCACUCAACUGCUAACCAAAUCACUGCUAUUAUAUUUUUUUUGGAGUGCACUUGCAACAAAUCUAUGCAACAACCAACAUCAAGUUAUGUUUAUCAACAAACCAGAGUUCUCUUUUACCAAUGGGAACAUUUCCCUUAAAGCUCCAGUGAGGAACUUUUAGUUUGUGGCAAGUUUUGUGCCCCCCUGUGGACAAAGCAGUUUUUGCUUAUCUUGUCAUCUGUGUGUUAAGGUUGUGUCUUCAGACAAAUUCUCAUCCUGCUGACUUUUGACUGCCAAAUGUUUCAUUUCUAGUAAAGAUUUUUGUGGAAACUGUAGAAACACGGCUGAGACAUAAAAAGUUACAACACAAAAAUUGUCCAUCUUGUCCAUCGUCUGUACAUCACAAAAAGGCAUCAAUAUGAAUCUCAGUCUCUUUCAUAAUCAUCAAUCAAUCAAAUUUUUAAUAUAGAGCCAGUUCACAACAGUCGUCAUCCUAAGACGCUUUCCAAAGAAAAAAAGCAGGUCUGAAACACGCUUAUUGUUUGAUGAAUUAUCAAGACCCAACCUAAAGUGGGAUUUGGCCCAUCUCAUCUAACAUGAGUAACAGUGGCAUAAGCAUUAAAAUGAGGCAUUAAUGUUAACAAGGUGGAAGAAAACUUGUCUUUCAAAUGCAGUAAAUUUUUGUGCAUCAGGAUUACAGUAACUUGAUUUUUUUUCAAAGCAUGACAUCUCCUUAUAGCAUGACACAGCCACGGCUAUUGUUGAAAACAAUUCACAAUGAAUAAUCUUCACAGUUUUUGUUCUGUUGAUGAACUCUCAGUAAUUCUAUGACAACAUCACACUCAAGAACAAGUCGUUUGUUUCCUAUCUACUUCAUUUCGUUGCUUUCUCAGUGUGUUUUUGUUUGUGUUUAAAAACCUGUUUGACUAAACAAUUGAAAUUUGAUCAAGCAUAGGCCGAAGAUGCUUUAGUAGGCUUUAUAGUUCUUGAUGCGGGUGGGGAGCUAGACUUGUAAAGGUCAUCUACACACUUUUCAACACCUCCAUGAAAGUCAAUAUUCUCCUUUUUUUAAGGUGAAGCACUGCUUAAUGAAACACAUGAUGAAUUUUCAUUUUAAAGCUGAACUUUAAAACAUCUAUUCAAGUUUGUUUCAAUUUGAAUUAGCAUCAUUAUCAAUGUCAUAAUCUAAGACUUUUACAUUCGUGUUCUUUGUUUUACAGCUCAUAUAUGUGGAAAUAGUGUUUUCAGUUUUGCAGUCUGAUAUUUGUCUAAGUCUCCUCCCCAAAGAUGUCAAAGCAGCAGUUGUCACAGGUUUUUACUUUCCUGCUUUUCUGCCUUUGAGGUUGUUUUGUGCUGCUGAGUGUUGCUCCACAUGCUGUGUAGGGCUCUGGAACUAUAUUUACACUGACAUGUGAGCUUUAUCUAAAAUUCCUAUCUCAAUAGCAAUUUUAUUAUGACAUGAAUUAAUGCAGAUAAGACCAAUGAGUGAGUGUCAUGAGUGACAUCCAAGAAUUAAAUCAUGAUAAUGUAACACAUUAUGGCUCUUUAUCUGUGUGUGAAAGUCAUAGUGAUGUCAUUUAUCAGUGCUGAGCAGCAGAGUAACAAGAUGCGUCCAUUACUUCCUGGAUGAGAUUAUCAUGACCCAUGCAUUUUUAUUUAAAUAUCGUAACAGACCAACAUUUAUAGUCAUCAGUAAAUCAAUGGUAACUCUUCCUCUACAGACUGAAUGUUUCUGAGAUUACGCUGAGAUGAAGUGUUUAGUGACCUGUUUCCUUCCUCUGGGUAAGAAUCAAGUACACCGCCUCUCGCUAAUCUCCACUUCAGUAUCUCUAUUUGCUAAUCCUGUAUUGCGAGAAAUAGUCAUAAGUUCCACAGCUUUAUCUUAAAGACCAUAAACAGUUGUAUCCCGGCUUCACCCAUGCUCCGCCUUGAUCUACACAGAAUACCAAGCAUAGGAGGAGCAGAGACGGUCUCCUGUCUCCCUGGUGCUGUUGCCAGGCAGUUUGCAUUCAGAUGAAUUUGUCAGCCCUCCUGUUUGAAAGCCUCUUAAGUGCUGUCUUCUUAAGCUGGGGUUGACCAUAAAGUGGUGUGAUGGAGAGGGCUGGGGUGGGGCUUCGGUUCAGCCGUAUGGCUCUGCACUGGCAGAGUGCCUUCAUGAGUCAGUUCACCUGACUGAGGGAUGGGAUCUCAUAAGUUUGGCUUUAGAUAUUUUAUCAUUAAGUUGGCAAGACUUGUGGUCAGAGUGGCUGAAUUGAAAGUGUGAAGAACAUGGUCUACUUUAUUUCAUCUUUGUAAACACUAAGAAUUUAAUGCCUGUGGGUAUGUCUGGGUAUAUAUGAGCAGAUGGCUGUAAAAGAGGCUAUGAGACAUUCACACUGAUACAACUCUAUACUGACCCCACCUCCUCCUACUACCAUGACUUCACCGUGACGUGUUUAGUUGAUGCGGUUUGAGCUAGCCUGUAAGGAGUUGUUGUCAAAACAUUUUUCGAGAGUUUAAGCUAACUAGCUUAGGCACCUGGUGCAAGCUGCCGGCAAGGAAAGUGGAUGUGACAGAUUCAUCCAUGUUGAAAACGGUGUGAGUGAUCAAUUCAAACAGAAAGUUUGAGCUCCAAGAUAAUGCUCAAGAUGAGAGAAUGUCAGGCAUUAUAGGAAUUUUUUAGAUACACAUGUAGUUUUAAAAACAGGAAACUGUGAUGAUGAAGAUAAGAGUCAAACUGCUUUUUCUCUUGAAAAGGGUCCCUGCAUCUCCAUCUUAGUGCUCUUAGUUUUCUGACCAAUUUUUACAAAACUAAUAGAGGGGGAUCGAUCUCUUUGUUUCAAAAGUUUUGAGAUUUUAUGUCUUUAUUAAAAAGAGAGGACAGUGGAUGGAAUAGGAAACUUGGAGAAAGAGUUAGGGAAUUGUAUGGGGUGAAGGGCCGCAUGUUUGAGGCCAGUCUUUUAGCCUCUGUACAUGGGGCCAUUCUGUAAUCUGGCCAUUCUGCCGCCCCAAUGGAAAGUAAUCAUGUCCAAGGCAGAGAAGUAGGAUUUAAUUUAAACUAAUAACCAGUUUUAUAGGAAAUAAGACAAAAUCUCAGAAUGUCCGUCUAUUAUUGAUGACUGACUAUCCGACAGUUGUUGAAAUACAUAAAUCUGGACCAAGUUUGAGUCUGUCUAGGGAUACAACAGUCUUUUAAUUGCUUUACAUGUUACACUGUAUUUAAGUUAAAAAAAAAUGAAAGGUAGCUUUUCCAAUAAAAAUUGUUUAUUUAUUCAGUCCCUGGUGUACCUCCUUGGCACAUGUGAUAAAUCAAGCAACUGGCCAGGAUCUGAUUUUCCAGUCCUCUCAAAACCCUCUCCUAAAAUCCCCAUUUGUAUUAUUAGAUAUUUUUUGGGUCUAUGGUUGUGUUGUUUUGAAAAAUAAUCCCUCUCAAGCCAGUCUUCCUUUUAAAAGGUAUAACCUAAAACUAUUUGAUUUUUGCCCCAAAUUCAUAACACUGAAAAUGGUAUUGAAAAUUAAACCUGCAUCUGUUUGCUUCUUUGAAGGGCAAAGAAAAUCCUGAUAUCUCCCUGAUAGUCCCUAAUGAUGUUCAAGAAUUGAAUUAACAGGUGCUUAUGGGUCUGUACAAUAAAUCCACAAAUCCUCUAUGGAAUUUGAUCCAUUUCCAGGUCUUUCCCGGUCAAGUGUAGCUUUUAUGACAAAAAAUUUGAAAGAAACCAGUGUAACUAUGUUAGCUGAUCUGCAAGGCUGUUCCCUGGUACAGCCGUGCUGUGAGCUGUCAAGUGUCAGUGUGCUGACAGUGCUGAGGGAAACAGCUGCGGAGCAGAUAUUUCCACAUUGUUUAUCAUGACAUUGGACAAGAUAAUUGAGCUACAUUUGGUGGGUAAUUUGAGAUGCCACCACAGCAGGACUGGAUUUCAUUAGUUGUUCAGGUUUUUGCUGGUGUAUUUCAUUCAACUUUUAGUUUUGUUCAAUAUUUUGAUGCAAUCAUAACCUGUCAGGUAGUUGUUGGAUAUUUCACUUGUAGAGUCCAUUCUCUGGGGAACAUGGUGUGUUUCUUUCUUAAUUGAUAAAUGCUUGUCUUUCCUUACAGAUUUCUGUGGCUCCAAGAUCUGGAUUGAAAUCCUGCCCCCUGCUCCAAGUCCUACAACUUCACUAGACUCAAGCAGUGUAUCUGUGGAAAGCUGGUUGAUGACUGUAACACACUUCUUCCCAAGGUCCUCUGCCCCUCCUCCUGUCCCUUCUCAGUAUGGCUAGACGGAGGCUAGACUGCUUUCUUCCAGACCAGGUGUUUGCUGGUCUGAUCCUGUUUUUAGUAGGGCAGUCCUUUGUCCAGAGUAAUGAGUGCCCCCAGCUGUGUGUAUGUGAGAUCCGACCCUGGUUUACCCCACAGUCAACCUACAGAGAAGCCAUCACGGUGGACUGCAAUGACCUGCGCUUGACACGCAUCCCGGGGAAUCUCUCCAGUGAAACCCAGGUUCUCCUCCUACAGAGCAACUACAUUGCCAGAACCAGUGAAGAGCUGGAGCAGCUCUUCAACCUCACUGAGUUGGACUUGUCCCAGAACAACUUCAGUAGUAUUCGGGAUGUUGGCCUUAAUAAUAUGUCCCAGCUCACCACGCUCCAUUUGGAGGAAAACCAAAUAACUGAAAUGCCAGAUUAUUGUUUGCAGGAUCUAAGCAACUUGCAGGAACUCUACAUAAACCACAAUCAAAUCAAUGUUAUCUCUGCUAAUGCCUUUUCUGGGCUGCACAACUUGCUCAGGCUUCACCUCAAUUCUAACAAGCUCAAGACCAUAAGCAGCCAGUGGUUUGAAUCUACACCCAACCUAGAAAUCCUCAUGAUUGGGGAGAAUCCUGUGGUUGGAAUAAUGGACUUUAGUUUCAAGCCGCUGGGCAACCUCAGAAGCCUGGUUUUGGCUGGGAUGGAUUUGACUGACAUUCCUGGUAAUGCCUUUACGGGACUUGACAAUCUUGAGAGCCUUUCUUUCUACGACAAUAAGCUAGUAAAAGUUCCCCAGACUGCCCUCCAGAAAUUACCAAACCUUAAGUUCUUGGAUUUGAACAAAAACCCCGUCCACAAGAUUCAGGAAGGAGAUUUCAAGAACAUGCUGCGACUAAAGGAGCUUGGUGUAAACAACAUGGGAGAGCUGCUUUCUAUUGACAUGUACGCCCUGGACAACCUUCCUGAGCUCACAAAGCUGGAGGCUACCAACAACCCCAAACUUUCCUUCAUCAACCGUCAGGCAUUUCGUGAUGUUCCAGCCUUGGAAAGUCUAAUGCUGAACAAUAAUGCUCUGAAUGCCCUCUAUAAGUCCACAGUGGACUCACUCCCAAAUUUACGCGAGAUUAGCAUACACAGCAACCCCCUGCGCUGUGACUGUAUCAUCCAGUGGAUGGGCUCAAACAAAACCACUGUCCGCUUCAUGGAACCUCUGUCCAUGUUGUGUGCCAUGCCCACAGAGGUCAGGGGUAUGCACGUGAGGGAGGCUCUGCAAAAUCAUUUAGUAAACAUGUGUCUGCCUAUGAUUUCCCAUGAUUCUUUCCCUAGCCAUCUAAACCUUGAUAUUGGCAUGACCGUGGACUUAGACUGCAGAGCUAUGUCUCAGCCCGAGCCUGAAAUCUACUGGGUAACACCAAUGGGAGACAAAGUGAUGAUGGACACCGUGUCUAACAAGUAUAGCCUCAGUAACGAAGGCACCUUGAGAAUUUCUCAAAUCCAGGUAGAGGAAUCUGGCAGAUACACCUGUGUAGCUCAGAACUCAGAGGGAGCUGAUACAAGAGUGACAACAAUCCGUGUGAAUGGGACUCUUUUAGACAGCACUCAGCUUAUGAAGAUCUAUGUCAAACAAACAGAGUCUCACUCUAUACUGGUCUCAUGGAAAAUAGACUCCAACAUAAUGACCUCUAACCUUAAAUGGUCGUCUGCCACCAUGAAAAUAGACAACCCACAUAUUACCUACACGGCCAGAGUACCUGUAGACGUCCAUGAGUACAACCUCACACAUUUACAACCAGCAACUGAGUACGAGGUGUGCCUCACCGUCUCUAACAUCUAUCAGCAAACACAGAGGUCGUGUGUGAAUGUGACCACAAAGCAGUCGGCCUUCACUGUUGAAGUAUCUGAGCAGGGUCCCAACACGGCUCUAGCUGCGAUUAUGGCAACUGUGUUUACAAUCAUAAGUCUGGCUUGUCUGGGAAUGUACAUUGCAAAGAGGUUGAAGAGAAAAAACUAUCACCAUUCUUUGAAAAAGUACAUGCAGAAAACCUCAUCCAUACCUCUAAAUGAGCUGUACCCACCUCUUAUCAACUUGUGGGAGGCUGAUACUGAAAAGGAGAAAGAGGGGUCAUCCGAGACCAAACCCAGUCAGGUGGACACUACACGCAGCUAUUACAUGUGGUGAGAGUUCCUAUCCAGCAGCAGAUCUGGAGACAAGAUCCAGUCAGGAGCACAAAUAUUAAUACUUGCGUCUUCAUGUGAAAGUGAACUGACUCUAUUUUUUUCUAUUAUUUUUUUUCUGUCUUCAGAUCUUCAAGGAUUUCACUGAAAGUGACUCAGACUCUGAGAUUUAUAGUUCUUUAGUUUAGCACACAACUUUUUUUUACCUCCACUUCAAAAGAUGUUUUGACAGCUUCGUUUAGCUGCCUGGACUUAGUAUUCACUGUGCUUUAUUCUUUAGUACUUCUUUCAAAUAACACGGCAUGAUCAUGGUCACCGAUGUAGCAUACAGGAGCAAAGGAAGAGCUGAUCACAGGGCAUUUUUUUUCAUCUUUUCUGGCGGGACUGUUGGAGACUGUAAUCUUCUUUUUCUCGUGUAACAGUUUUACUGUUGACUGUUGUGCACUGAAAUAUAUGGGAAUAUAUUCAAAUUUGUCUCUCAACACAAAUAUAAGCUGGCAAAGUAUAUUUAGACUUGCUAUACUGUCUAUUGAAUAAUGUUAGCUAUCCCUCUGUAAUGUUGUGUAAGCUCUGAUUUGAAUUACUUUUUUGUACAUUGAAUAACAUAAUGUUUGAUUUAGAGUUAAACAGCUACUGUAAACCAGCAAUAGAUUACGAGUAUAAAGAAGUAGGUCAGCAGGUUUAAGACAGUUGAACUUUCUCUUCUUUUCUGAUCGCACCACAUUAUGUAAACAAUCACUGGUUUUGAAAUGGUUUGUCCACUUUAAUAUGCUGUUUUGAGGAGCAAGUUUAAUAAAAUCAUCUUUCCUCAUA